GUGUCUGACUCUCGCCGUUCCUCCUCGUUGCAACAGUACGGCGCUCGAAGUUCCAAUCUGCGGCAGGAUUUUGCUAUAGUUCCCCAGCUCCACCUGCUACUUAGCAUAACAACCUGUAACUUCUUUUUAACACUUUCAAGAUGGGAAAUGAACAUCUGCUCAGCGUUUUCACUGCACUCUUAAUCAGCAUUAUCCUUGGUUACUACUAUAGUACUGACGAUAAUUUCCUCAACGCAAGACCGGAGGCUAGGAGUUUCAUACUCGCGGUUGGCGUCCCAAUACUUACGCAUUCACUUGUUGUAGCAGCGUAUCGAUCUAUUUGGCAUCCUCUUGCUAAAUAUCCUGGACCGUGGUGGGCGACCUUGACGGAUUGGUACUCUGUAUACCAUAUUAUAAAGGGGGAUAGGCACAUUGACUUCUACCGAUUACACGAAAGAUAUGGAAAGAUCGUGAGGUUUGGACCAGAUAGAAUUUCUAUCCGAUCUGCAGCAGCCUUAAAGGACAUAUAUAGUGUUAGCUCCAACGUGAAGCGAUCAAAGGUGUAUGCUUCGACUGCACACUUCUUCGGCGGGACUCCUUCAUCGAACACUACACCUGAUAUGAAGGAACAUGCAUUUCGCCGCAGAGUCAAUGUUCGAGCUUUGAAUCCGACAAAUAUUAAGGCAAUGGAGGAGCAAAUCUUAAAGAAUAUACGGUACUUCUGCGACCAUCUGAUGGAUGCAAACAAAGAAGAGUGGAGCUCCCCGCGCAACAUGAGCGAGCUCGUUGGUUACCUAGUUUCAGACAUUAUGGGAGAUAUAACUUUUAGUAAAAGCUGGGAGGUUCAGCAAAAGCCCGACAAUCGAGAUAUUCUCACUUCUCUGCCUCAAGCCGUCGCCGGGAUCCAUCUAGUCGGUUACAUGCCCGGAAUUGUUACAUUCAAGCUUGAUAAGAUCUUCUUCCGCACACUAGUUGCCGGUAUUAACCGCUUUACGGGCUUAAGCGCGUCUAUAUUCCAGUGGCGUUUCGCGCAAAAAGGAUGUAACGACUUCUUCUCAGCCUUACUCCAGGCUAAAGACGAAAAGACGGGGAAAGGGUUCUCAACUAACCAGCUCGUUUCUGAAGCAGGACUUCUCACCAUCGCCGGGUCGGAUACCACAGUUACUGCUACCACCGGAGUCUUUUUCUAUCUUGUUAAUUAUUCGACGUCUCUCUCGCGUUUAGAGAAGGAGAUCCGUAGUUCCUUUUCCGGCGUCGAAGAAAUCCGUAUUGGCCCACAGCUAGCCUCGUGUCACUACCUACUGGCCUGCAUUGAAGAGUCUCUUCGCAUGAGCCCACCCGUUGGGUCUACUUUAAUGCGCGAAGUCUUGCCUGGUGGACUUACCGUCGAUGGCGAUUGGUUCCCCCCUGGAACAGACCUAGCCGUCCCACAUUACGCCCUCCAUCAUGACGAGAGUUACUUCCCCAAAUCUUUCCUCUUCAAGCCAGAACGCUGGCUCUCUGGUAGCCCCCGGGACCGAAAAUCUAGCACCAUCGAUUCUACGGCUGCUAGUGCAUUUACUGCGUUUGGAACUGGUCGAACGUCUUGCAUUGGGAAGUACCUUGCAUAUCAAGAGAUAUCCCUCGUCGUUGCACGAACUGUCUGGCUCUUUGAUAUGAGGCUUCAGCCUGGAUCGACCCUGGGACAAGGGAGUAAGAGCAUGGGUCCUGGACGGGAGAGGAAGAAGGAAUUUCAAACGUGGGACAAAUUCGUGAGUAUCCAUAACGGUCCGAUGGUUCAGUUCAAGCGUCGAGAGCUUUAA